UAUGAGAAUGGCGGGAAAGUUCAUAAACAGACUCAAGACCGAAGUGCUCCUUUCAGCCGGGCGCCGUGCGUGGUUGUUUUCGACAUUUGACAUUGCAUUUCUUCGAAACUGUGCGAAGUUUGAAAUCCCGGCAAAGACCAUGAGUGAUCCCGAAUCAAGUCGUAACGUAGAAAUCAAAGCGCGUUUAGGUUCAGACGAAAACUAUAAAGCAGCCGUUGAAAUUGCCCGGAACCUAACCUCGACCGAUGGUGAAGUAAUAAAGCAACGAGAUGUUUUCUUCAAUUCCCGUGAGGGAAGGUUGAAGCUACGUUACAUGUCCGAUUGCAAUAUGUUGAUUUACUAUGCACGGGACGACGAAGCAGGUCCGAAGCUAUCAAAUUACUACACUGUGAAGGUGGAAGAUGCUAGUACACUGGAGCACGUACUAACAACCAGCAAUGGCACGCGAGGAAUAGUCCAAAAGGAGCGGCUCCUGUUUAUUCACGAGAAUACUAGGAUUCAUCUAGAUAAAGUGGAGAAUCUUGGUAACUUUCUAGAGUUCGAGGUGGUGCUUAAGCCAGGCGAAAAGGUGGAACAGGGACAAGAGUUUGCAGAAAAAAUGAUGAAAAUCUUCAAGAUUCGGGAAGAGGACUUGUUAACCGGUGCCUAUUUGGAUUUACUAGUAGGAAAGCAGUGAGGGACCGGAAGAAUAAGAAUUGAGUGUCAUGUAUGUACGGGUUGUUCGCCCUCAUUAUAUCCAAGUAGAAAAUUAAGUUUAGUUCUAGUCUCUUAUUAUAUAAUUUCUUAAUGAUAAUCUCUUGGAAAAGUUUCUACUUAAUGUCGAAUAAUUUGGAAUAUUUCCUUCUCACUUCUUACAAAUGAUACAAAUUAUUGUUGAUGUACAAAUAAAACUAUAAUUAAAUCGA